CGACAUCACGAGUGAGAUAUCCACAGCGGUGCGAUCGAGCGUCGGCCGCAGUAUAAACUCGCAGCGAGGGAGGUUGGCAAUCACGCAGAGGUUGGUUGAUCUUUGCGUACAAGAGCUUGCUUGAGCAGGGCGCCGGGGGGUGCGAAUUCAGAGCCACAACGCUGCGCUGUGUCGUUCGGAUCUGGCGCUGAACAGCUUCGUGAUCAGUUUCGUGUGACAAGAUGAGCUCGACCGGCGCAGAGCUGCACGUGAGCGGCCUGCAAGGCUUGACAAAAAUCGACACCACCAUGGGCCGAACGAGCGACGUGUGCGCGGACGACAGCGUGCCCACCGUCAGGGCGCAGAACCUCGACGAGCUGCACUCGCUGCAGGUGAAGAAAUCCGCCCCGAGCACGCCCCGCGGCAGCUUGACGCCCAAGGGCGGCGCAACCGCGGGCACCCCGCGCUCCGACGAGGAGCGCCAGCGCCAGCAGCUGCAGUCCAUCAGCACAUCGCUGGCCUCGCUGACUCGCGAGAGCGGCCCGCAGGUGGUGCGCGGCGAGCCCGGCAAGGUCCCGAUCGCCUCCGUCACAGGCCGCGCCGCGUACGACCCCAGGGCCCGGUUCCAGGACACGAGCGACAGCGCGCUCAAAUUCACGCACGUCCUCUACAACCUGUCGCCCGCCGAGCUCUACGAGCAGGCGCUGAAGUCCGAGAAGGGCUCGUACAUCACGUCGGCCGGAGCGCUGGCCACGCUCUCCGGGGCCAAGACCGGGCGCUCGCCCAAGGACAAGCGCGUCGUGUCCGAGGAGAGCUCGCGCGAUGAUCUGUGGUGGGGCAAGGGCUCGCCCAACAUCGAGAUGGACGAGGAGACAUUCCUGGUGAACCGCGAGAGAGCUGUCGAUUACCUCAACUCGCUCGACAAAGUCUUCGUGAACGAUCAGUUUCUGAAUUGGGACCCGGAGAACAGAAUCAAGGUGCGAAUCAUCUCGGCUCGCGCUUACCACUCGCUCUUCAUGCACAACAUGUGCAUCCGCCCGACCCCCGAGGAGCUCGAGGAAUUCGGCACCCCCGAUUUCACCAUCUACAAUGCGGGCAAAUUCCCCUGCAACAGGUACACGCACUACAUGACGUCGUCGACGAGCGUGGACGUGAACCUCAAGCGCAAAGAGAUGGUGAUUCUGGGCACGCAGUACGCGGGCGAGAUGAAGAAGGGGCUGUUCAGUCUGAUGCACUAUCUGAUGCCCAAGAGGGGCAUUCUGUCGCUGCACUCGGGCUGCAACAUGGGCAAGGCGGGCGACGUCGCGCUCUUCUUCGGGCUGUCGGGGACGGGCAAGACGACGCUGUCGACGGACCAGAACAGGCUUCUGAUCGGCGACGACGAGCACUGCUGGGGCGAUGGCGGCGUGUCCAACAUCGAGGGCGGCUGCUACGCCAAGUGCAUCGACCUCUCGAAGGAGCGCGAGCCCGACAUCUGGGACGCCAUCAAGUUCGGCACGGUGCUCGAGAACGUCGUGUUCGACGAGCACACGCGCGAGGUCGACUACAGCGACAAGAGCGUGACGGAGAACACGCGCGCCGCGUACCCGAUCGAGUUCAUCCCCAACGCGAAGAUCCCGUGCGUCGGGCCGCACCCGAGGAACGUCAUUCUGCUGGCCUGCGACGCCUUCGGCGUGCUGCCGCCCGUGAGCAAGCUCACGCUGCCGCAGACCAUGUACCACUUCAUCAGCGGGUACACGGCCAUCGUCGCGGGCACGGAGGACGGCGUGACCGAGCCCACCGCGACGUUCUCGGCGUGCUUCGGCGCGGCCUUCAUCAUGAUGCACCCGACCAAGUACGCGGCCAUGCUGGCCGAGAAGAUGCAGAAGCACGGCGCCACGGCCUGGCUCGUCAACACCGGCUGGUCCGGUGGCAGCUACGGCGUCGGCUCGCGCAUGAAGCUGGCCUACACGCGGCGCAUCAUCGACGCCAUCCACGACGGCUCUCUCCUGGAGGCCGAGUACACCGAGACUCCCAUCUUCUCGCUCCACGUUCCCACCGCCGUCGACGGCGUGCCGUCGGAGAUCCUCAUGCCCGAGAACAGCUGGAAGGACAAGCAGGCCUACACCGACACGCUCAAGAAGCUCGCCGGCCUCUUCCAGAAGAACUUCUGCAACUUCGCCGAUUACGAGGUCGGGGGCGACUCCAACCUCACGCAGGAGAUUUUGCAGGCCGGCCCGGUCUUCGAUCAGGCCAGCUGAGGCGAUUUCUGCUGCAGCUGCCGUAGCUCGGGACGCCUUGUGUGGUCGUCCCUCGCGAGAAAAAGUUCAAUUACAAAACGAGAACCUUGUGAACUUAUAGCUCUGUAGAUUCUUAUCAUUUUGCCGUCCUUUGUUGUGGUGUGUCAAAAUCCAGAACGGAUUGUUCUGGAUGAGCAAUGUAUUAUAAAAUCCCGUCGAGAAUGACCAUUAUCGAUUGAUCAAAGGCAAAGAUAAACUCUUCUAAUUACAACGCG